AGCCAAUAGGAACGCGGGAAGCUAACGGCCAAUCAGAGCAGAGAGACGGCGGGACACGUGGUUGGGGGAAGCUGAGCGCUUGAGAGCAAGGGCUAAAGCCGGGAGACAUUAAAAAUGCAGACCACAAGGGCACUGCUCAUUUCUCCAGUUCUGAUCCGCUGUUGUACCAAGGGUCUGAUCAGGCCUGUGUCUGCCUCGUCUGCCUCCCUCCUGAGUAGGCCAGAGGCCCCUUCUAAACAGCCGUCUUCCAGCAGCUCCCCACUCCAGGUGGCCAGAAGGGAGUUCCAGACCAGUGUUGUCUCCAGAGACAUUGACACAGCCGCCAAGUUCAUUGGUGCUGGGGCCGCCACAGUCGGUGUGGCUGGAUCAGGGGCUGGCAUUGGAACGGUGUUUGGCAGCUUAAUCAUUGGCUAUGCCAGGAAUCCGUCUCUCAAGCAGCAGCUCUUCUCCUAUGCCAUUCUGGGCUUUGCCCUGUCUGAGGCCAUGGGGCUCUUCUGUUUGAUGGUCGCCUUCCUCAUCCUCUUCGCCAUGUGAGGCUCCGUGGGGUCACCCAGCCGCGCUUGCUGCUUCGACUCCAUGCUGUUCCUGGUGCUGGAGUGUGCUCAGCUUUACCAUUAAACACAACGUUUCUUUAAACCCAAA